AUGGUUCUCAAAGAGCAGCAGCAGAAAGCAGAAACAGAAGAGAUAAGAUGGUCACGUGCCGCAGCCGUUGGCGCAGCGUUGGUUCAGAAGCGUUCGGUCACGGGCUCGGGCUCCAGGUCAGCAUGGGACUGGCUCCCGCGAGGUCCAGGGGCACUUGGCCCGCGCGCCGCCUCUUCCCCGCUCCUCCGCCAGGAGGGGUGCUGGCUCGGGCCCCCGAAGUCCUCGGGAGAGAGGAGUUGGAAGGGGGCGACGAGCCGGGCCCAGUCCAUCCCACGGCCUCGCCACCACCGCCUCCGUCGCCUCCCGAAGUUCGCAGCCUCGACCGUUCCCGCAGCCCAGCGGGCAACAGCAGCAGUGAUUCCCCUCGGGACCAUGCCCUGGAGACGCCUCUCCGCCCUGUUCCGCAACCGCUGGAGCCGGAGCAGCCCCCCCGGGACGGGAUCCGGCCGUCGUUUGGAAUACAGCGAGUUCGUCGAAUACACCGAACCCACUGAGCCCCGGAGCGGGCCUGUGGAGCCGGUGAACGCCAUGGAAACCGUCUUUGCCUUAGCGGUGAUUUUUUCUUCACACUUAAUACCAUGUGGAUGGGUGUUGAGCCAUAUGGAGAGCUACAGAAGAGUCUAGAUUUGAAGAUGGGGAACAUCUACAACAGUCUUUUUCUAUAAAUGCUUUACCAAAAAAUUUAAAUUUUCAUACAAAGUAAAAAGUGCUUACCACUUAAACCAAUAUGACUAAAUUGAAUAUUAAAUAUUUUACAACACUUUGCCAUAUUGAUAUUGUUCAGUUCUUGUUAAAUAAAAUUGAAGCAUACAUUA